GUAAAAGCUUUGAAUCGGUGGCAAAAUAAUGUUGGAUAUUGUUAUGGUAUUGAAACAGUCACUAAUAAAGACCAGGUUAAAAAAGAAAUGACAGAAUUUUUUUGUGAUGUGCGAAAAAUUCAAGAUGGAAGUGAUUAUACUCCUUCAUCAUUAAAAGUUCUUAAUGGUAAAAUGAAGGUUCUGAAGCAAUCCAGAAAGACCACCAAACAUCAUGAUCCAUUGUCACCUAAUGAAUUAAGGACAAUAUUUAAUCAUGAGGCUCUGUCUAUUAAUACAGCUAAAGGAAUUCAGUUUACGAAAUUUUCUCAGAAAAAUGAUCCUGGUAGUAUCGAAGGAAAUUUGGAUUCAUUUAUUAUACCAGUACUAGCAGAUCCGGAAGGAUAUUUGGGGCCUGUUCAUAAUAUUAAGCUUUAUUUAAGCAAAAGACCCACGAAUUGUGCAUGUCAAUUUCUUCAUCUUAAAAUUAAUAAAAAUAUUCAUGGUAUUCCGAUUGUUACCUUGAUGUCAAUAACCAGCCAUAAAAGUGAAUCAUCAUAUCAUAUAUAUUCACGACCAAGUGAGCAGCAGAAAAAGGAUGCAUUGUCUACAUUAAUUGAUGUUGUUGAUCUUCCGGAAUCUCAAAAUAAUAAAGAUAAUGAUGUUGAUAAUUCUUUAAAUAAAAAUCAGGAUUCACCAAAUUUGCCUCUUCACGUCAAUGCGACCAAAAAAAACCCAACUCUUGGUGGAAAAAGGCUGUUGUGGUCAUCACAAUCCGGUUUGCAAAAUGCAUCUAAUAAUGGGG